AUGGACCUUGGAAAUAGCGAAGCACACGUUGAUGGUGGUAAUGACACAGGGCCUUCUAGUGUGGGCUGCAGUGAUUCUGAUGUAGUACUGCAUAGUGUCACUCAGCAAGUAUUGGAAAAAAUAGCACGGAAUUCUAAGGAAAAGGAUUGCCCACUCGCUGAUCAAGGUUGUACCAUUGAACAUUUUUCUCGUAUGUAUCCUCCAGUUUUCUUAGGGGGAGUCGACCCAACUAUGUCUGUUAUUAGUGUGUCAGACCAGGUCACAUGGCAUGAGACUGUCAUGCACAGUCGAGCAAUGCUCUCAUUCAUAGACAAUUUCGGGGAAAUAACCAGACUGACGAAUGCUCCUGCUGAAUUCAUGGACCAGAUGAAUAUGGUUUUCUAUCAGUACCUGGACCAGAUUGUUGUGGUUUUCAUUGAUGAUAUUCUGGUCUAUUGGAAGAAUUCUGAGGAGCACGAACAUCAUUUGAGGAUGGUGUUACAGGAAUUGAGAGAAAGGAAAUUGUAUGUUAAACUUAGAAAGUAUGAAUUUAUGGUUAGAUAA